AUGCGACAACUGGACACAGACAGUCCCCUGGGUGGGACAACUGGUCACACGGACGAUGAACUUGAUGUUAGUGACAGUGAAAGAGACGAGAUUCUGGAGCAGAUAUUCGGUGCUAAGUCAGUGGAGGAUCUCACUAAGGAUGACGACUCCCCGGCUUCACCACCUCAGAUCAACAGAUUCAAGCGUGCCAACACAAUGGUGAUCAGAAACAGGCCACAAAAAGCGCCUCUCAAGGAAGCUCUCAGUGAAAGUGAGUCGGAGUUGAGGCCGUUUUUCCGAGACCACGAGAUCUUAGCGGAGUACAAGCUUCUCUGCAAUAACGUGUCGUCUGGUGUAUAUGUUGUUCCGUCUCUGCGAUCUAUCCAGGUCUGGAACGGUGUGAUCUUCAUAAAGAUCGGUAUGUUCGCAGAGGGAUGUUUCAAGUUCAACCUCAAUAUACCAGACGAUUUCCCGUACAGUAGGCCAUCUGUAAACUUCAUAACACCAGUGUUUCAUCCUCAAAUCAACGAGCAUGGGGAGCUCAAUCUUACCAAAGCUUUUCCUACCUGGACCCCCAGAAAAGACAGAAUAUGGCACUUGCUACGAUACGCAAAGAGAUGUUUCUUCUCUGUAAACACAUUUGACGCCACUAACUCUGCAGCAGCAGCCUCAGUUCAGGAUAGCAUUGAAAACUACCGUCAACAGGCUAAACUAUGUGUCCUGGAAUCUGUCAGGCUCAACUACAAGGAAGAAGAAAACAUACCGAAGGAUGACGGUAGUGUGUUCAGUGGGAAGUUCUUAAAUGAUACUCAGCUGCAGAUUGUCAAGGACAAGCUGUACAAGGGAAAUUUAGAUUACAGCCUCAUGUUCAAUUGA